UCUCGGGGUCCCAUAGUCUCCCCGAUUCGAUCCCAUGUUGAUUUUGUGCCACAGUCUCCCAUCAUGUCCUCCAUGGUCCCAUUUCGCCUCGCCGUGUCGCCUUAUUUUGUCCCGUAGGGUCCCCCCUUUCGUGCCCCGCAAUGCUCCCUAUUGUGUCUCGCCGUGGCCCGUUACGUCUCACGUCCCCAUUUGUGUCCAACAAUGUCGGCUGUUGCGGCGAUUGUCGCCGUUUUCCUCUUGUUGCAAAGUUGUAACCCGCUCUCAGUCACGUUAAGAACAGUCCAUUUGCUUUUGUUUCAAAGGAGCCUCUGUCAAAACGGACAGUACGUUCGAUUUGGAAAUGCUGUUUCAAAUCCCUUUGGCGUACAAUGGAGCCCCACACACGCUCGCAGCUUUUCCCCUCAAUCACAUGCCGUUAACCCGUUCGGACCCGUUUUUUUUGUCGUGACGUGAUGACCUCGAACGCACAAGGAACUCGCGGCAGCCAAAAUGCGGGAAAGUUCUCAACGGAAUGAGCGCUCGAGUCCCCGAGCGACAUUCCCAGAAUUCCAUGGGCGUCACUACCGGUCCGACAGGUGCUGUGAACCAGACCCGUUGAGGGCAUUUCUUCUUGUGCUGCUUCUUCGCCGGUCAUUCAUGGUCGAAUGCCUGCGAAGCGCGUGCCCGGCUCUGUGGCAGAGGCUCUAUGGGGACAAAAAGGCGAAAGUGGACGGCGAGACGGCGUCCGACCCGAAACCGCGACCGCCGCCGGUCGACGAGGACGACGACGACGCCGACGAGACCGGUAGCACCUAUGAGGCCGUGUGGGACCUCCAGGGCCGGAACUCGAACGAGUUGACUUUCCGGAAGGGGGACCGGUUCAAGGUCCAGAGACGCAGCGACGACUGGUGGACCGUGGACAGGCUGGACGAGACCGGCAGCCGGCUCGAAGCCGGCGUUGUGCCUGCAAACUACCUGACGAAAACUGACACCGGUGUGCAGAUGGAACCAUGGAACUUGGGCACCAUGAACCGCGUAGAAGCCCAAAGUCACCUCAUGGCACCUGGAAACGGACCGGGAGCGUUCCUCAUCCGAUCCAGUGAGAACCACGUCGGCUACGUCCUCUCAGUGCGUUCCAGCUGCCGGGUGAAGCACUUCAAGAUCGCCCAAACGUCUGACGGCCGCUUCGACCUGGACGGCCUGCAGCAGUUUACGUCGCUGAGCCGCUUGGUGGCGCACUACCGCAACAACCGCCUCCGUCUCAGCAACGAGGACAUGCUGGGCGAACCCUGCAGACCCAGGCAACCCCCGUCGGAAGUCACCUUCCCGGACGAUGAGUGGGAGCUUCCCAAAGAGGAGUUCUCCUUGGAGGACAAGCUCGGAAGCGGCUACUUUGCGGACGUCUACCGAGGAUGGUGGAAGUCGCGCAUUCGCGUGGCCGUCAAGAUCAUCAAGAACGACUCGGAGCUGAACCACUCUGAGUUCCAGAGGGAGGUGCAGAUCCUCAAGCGUCUGCGCCACCGUCACCUCAUCUCGCUGUUCGCCGUCUGCACCGCCUCCUCCCCGUAUUACAUCAUCACCGAGCUGAUGGAGAAAGGAAGUCUGCUCAACCUGCUCAGAAGUAGGUUGAGGCCUGAACGGGCGGAACUGGAAUCUGACGGGUCACGCCGAACUCCUGCUAGCGUUUCAGCACCGCGCAGUCCUAAACUCCUGCCGUUUGUUUGUUUUGCGUUCGUGUCGAGGUCCCGAGGGCCAGCAGCAGGAUAUGAGCUCGCUGCUGGACAUGGCCAGCCAGGUGGCCGACGGGAUGUCGUACCUGGAGGAGCACAGUUUCGUCCACAGAGACUUGGCGGCCCGGAACGUUCUGGUGGGAGAAGACUACAUCUGCAAGGUGGCGGACUUUGGACUGACCCAAGUCAUCAAGGAACCCGUCUACUUCGCGUACCAGAAAGCCAUCCCGCACAAAUGGAGCGCGCCGGAGGCCCUCACCCACAGGAAGUUCUCGGUCAAGUCCGACGUGUGGUCCUUCGGCGUCCUGCUGUACGAGAUGGUCACCUACGGAGGCGUGCCCUACCCAGGUCUGAACGGGCAGGAAGCGGACGACCUGGUCAGCGGGGGCUACAGGAUGCCGGCGCCGCCCGCUUGUCCGCCUUUCCUCUACGAAAUCAUGUGCAAAUGCUGGCUCGCCGAUCCCGCCCUGCGGCCCGACUUCUGGCAGCUGAAGGAGCAAAUGUACAUCGACGAGGCGGACGGCGGCGGCUACGUGCUGUGACGCCGCCGCGCGCCUUCCAGUCGCUUCCAGUCAUUCGUUUUCAAAAACGCUUACGCUCGCCCGCUUGGAGAAGGCAAGAGAAGCGGGAUCCACUCUGGUGGUUCUCGAGCGUUUGCCACUAUUGUUGCAAAGCUGACGGCCACUUUCAUAGAAGUUAAGAACAGUAAAAAAAAAAAAAAAACAACUAGUUUUGUCUUAGAAUAGCCUUUAAAGUUUGAAAUGCCGUUUCAAAUGAGUUUGCUAUACCGCCAAAGGCACAUUGCUCGCCAUGACGCCCGCCACCCGGAGGCUGAGCUGCACUGUAUUUGUUUGCAGAGUCAGCUCGCGGCUCGAGAAGUAACGUUUCUUGCUCACUUUCCGGCUUUGUUCCACGUGGGAACUCAAGACACCUCUGUACUGUACUGAAAAAACAACAACAACAACAACAACAAUAGGAUUACACUGGAUGCCCACGUCGUCGCAAUUCGAAACCUGCGGAUUCGCCAAACUGGGGAUUAAAAUAAAAUAAAUAAUCAUAAAUAAAAAAAAAAAUAACCAUGUCAGGUUUUUUUUCUUUUUCUGGGGAAAACCAACCCCAAAAACGCUUAGUGUUGGUUUAUCAAUUUAUCAAUGUACAUGAACAGGACUGUCUACUAUUUCAGCGAAAUCAGCGAAAUCUGUAACACUUGAUUAAUAAACUGGUAACAACUUGGCUUCAAAAAAAAAAAAAAAAAAAAAAAAAAAAACCUGACCUGAACAAGAGAAAUGGAUGUCAUUUUCCGAUUCAGCCAUGCAAAAGUCUCCUAAAUCAGUUGGGAAAAAAAAUAAAGCGAGCUUGUUCUUCUUCUUCUUCUUCUUCGUCCCACUUGGGAAAUGUGAAGAAAAUGCUACAUGUAGCGUUAAGCUUUAAAAUGCAUACGUACGUCACUAGCUCCAAUUAGCCUGUGACCCACUUGUGUCAUGGUUACUCCUUUUGUCUUUUUUUUUUUUUUGAUGCACAAAGUAUUAUUUCAUUGUCCACUGUGAAAAAAGAGCUGUACUUAACAUUUGGGUUCGUGCAUUUAAAUUUAAAUGUCGAUGUGGGGAAAAUACUGUGGCACUGUUUCCUUUCCGGUCGGGUCACGCAAUUUUUUUUCAUGAGAAAGUUUUGCUGUUGCCUCUGCUUCUUUUUGUGACAGAUAUUUCUACAAAUGUGCAAUUGUGUUUGUGUUAACGAUGUAUGUUUUGAAUUAAGCAUCACGUCAUUCAGUACUUAACCUGGACCUUACAUUAAAGUUGUUGUUUUUUUGGAUUAACAUUAGGAUGAAUCGAAUAAAUAUAAUGUUGAAAAUCAAGUAGCCGGG